AUGGACUUUUCUCGAUGCUCCACCGACGAUACGAUCGGCCCGUCUGUCCGAGGAUGUCGAGAUGACUUCGAUUUCACGCUCCGAUUUGAAAAGAUAUUCCUGUCUCUUAUCCCCGCAUCUGUAUUCAUUGCUGCUGCGUUGCCUCGUAUCGUGUGUCUCGCUCGAUGUCCUAGAAUUGUGGGAGGCACGAUACUUCAGUGGCUCAAAUUGGCUGCAAUCACAGUCUACACGGCUCUUCAGCUCAUCUUACUGAUAUACAGCACCAAACUGUAUUCCCUCCGGGCCUUAUUCGUAUCCUCCGCUGCCGUCAACCUUGUAUCCGCCUUUUGCAUCCUCGUCCUUUCAUACCUUGAGCAUUCCAGAUCACCUAGAUCAUCUAUCUUGCUGAGUGCUUUCCUGAUCUUGACUGCGCUUUUCGACGUCGCCCAAACACGGUCGCUAUGGCUCGCCUCGGUCGGGUCGAGCGAUUUGACAUUCACUAGGCUGGUCACGAGCUCUGGGGUGCUCAAGUUCGUCCUUGUACUGCUUGAAUCGCUGCACAAGUCAAGAUGGGUACAAUGGGAUGCCAAAGUGCACAGCCCAGAGGAGGCCAGUGGUCUUUUGGGCCUCGGUGCCUUUACUUGGCUUAACCGCCUGUUUCUUGUCGGCUACCGCAAAGUCAUAUCGAUAGAGGACCUUUUCCCAUUGGAUCAGACUAUGGCGACAGAGUCAUUACAGCUGAAGCUGAUGGACCAAGUUGGGAGCUGUGCUUCCAAGGGCCAGAAACGUGGGCUGGAACUUGCAAAAGUCCUAGGGAAAACACUUGCGGUCCCCCUUCUUCUACCCAUUGGCCCAAGAGUUGCUCUUCUUGGUUUCAAGUUCUGCCAACCAUUCCUCAUCGACUCCCUUUUGAAUUACAUGCAGCAGCCGGCGGAGAGGCCUUCAACGAACGUCGGAUAUGGUUUGAUUGGCGCGACAAUCCUCAUAUAUGGUGGAAUUGCCAUCUCUACUUCAUUCUACUGGUACCUCCACGAGCGUAGUCUCUGCAUGUCUCGAGGCUGUCUCGCUGGAGCUGUAUACAAGAAGACGACAGAAGCUAAGCUGUCCGCUUCUGGUGACGCAGCUGCUAUCACCCUCAUGAGUACCGACGUGGAACGUAUUCGACUCGGCUUUUUGAACUUGCAUGAGUUCUGGGCAAAUACGAUCGAGGUGGGCCUUGCUAGCUGGCUUUUACAACGGCAGCUUGGCACUGCCUUCGUGGCGCCACUAAUCGUGGUGAUCGUCUGCGUUCUUGGAGGCGCGUACACAAACAAGUUCACUGGCCGGAGACAAAAGGUUUGGAUGGACAAGAUUCAGAGAAGGGUUGGAACCACAGCCAACGUCAUCUCCAACAUGAAACACCUCAAAAUCUCUGGCCUGGCCGGUCCGGUGAGAGACUUGAUUCAGAAUAUGCGAGUGGACGAGUUGAAAUCGGCGUCGAAAUUCCGCAUCAUCUACGUCACUGUCAUCAUCUUUGGAUACAUACCCAUGGCCCUUUGCCCCGUUGUAACCUUUGCGGUUACUUCUCGCACUCUCGACAUCACCACGAUCUUCACCUCAUUAUCAUUUCUGCUUCUUUUGGCGGACCCUUUAGGCUAUCUCUUCCAAAACACUCCGAACCUCCUCGCCGCCUUUGCCUGUCUAGAACGAAUCCAGAACUUCCUAGAGGCUGAACCACGGGUUGACAUUCGUCAAAGCAGAAGGAUUGAUCAGAAGUCCGACAGUGGCGAAGGCUCUGGAGCUGAUGAUCGAGAAGACAAGUCUGGUUCUGCUAUUAUGGUAUCUCACGGACAGUUCGGAUGGGCUCCAGACAAGAUGGGUCUCAGGGAUAUCUGUCUGGAAAUUCCUGCUGCGCGCCUCACUAUCGUGGUUGGGCCAGUUGCAUCAGGCAAGUCAACCCUAUGCAAGGCUCUACUUGGUGAGGUUCCCGUAUCGCUGGGCCACGUUUAUGUGAACUCCGAUGUGAUAUCUAGCCGGAUCGGUUAUUGUGACCAAACGCCCUAUCUCUCUAAUGCUUCGAUUCGAGAAAACAUUAUUGGCUUUUCCCAGUUCGACCAAGCGAGAUAUAGAGAGGUCAUUGAAGCAACAGUUCUCGAGCCUGACCUAUCUAUACUACCGCAAGGGGACCUAACUAAUGUUGGGAGCAAUGGCGUCACACUGAGUGGUGGCCAAAGGCAACGAGUGUCAAUGGCUCGGGCCUUGUAUCUUGAUACCAACUUUUACAUCUUCGACGACAUUCUAAGUGGACUGGAUGCCGACACUGAAGAUCAAGUAUUUCGACGGAUCUUCAGCCCUAGUGGGAUUAUUAGACGACGCGGUGCAACGGCGAUACUUUGUACCCAUUCUAUUAGAUAUCUACCUUCUGCGGACAAUGUUGUCGCGCUUGGUUCAGAUGGAAGCAUUGUCGAGCAAGGAAACUUUAGCCAUCUGCUGGCUAACAAGAGUUAUAUUCAUGGACUGGGAAUCAACCCAAAUGACGAAGUCGACCCUGAAGAUAAAAUUUCAGUAACUGAGCCACAAGAUCGUUUAGAAACAGAACUUGUCACAGUUCCCACGACGCAGUCCAUUGUGCCGAGCCACGUGGGUGAGCAAGAGAGAAUGAUGGGUGACCCUACCGUUUACCGAUACUAUCUGUCUACACUUGGGAAGAGAUCCUUCGUGGCAUUUAUCGUCUUUGGGCUCGGAUGGGGCUUCUUUUACAACUGGGGUAACGUGUGGUUGAAGUUCUGGUCCGAAGACGUCUCUUCAGCAUACCCGAACCACUCGAAUUCCUUUUACAUUGGUCUUUACGCGCUUUUUCAGAUGAUUUAUCUUCUAUCUAUGUUCUUCGUAUUCCUCAUCUGCUUCACCACCAUGAUCCAGAUCUCAGGCUCGAAGCUGCACCUGGGAGCUCUGACUACCGUCAUCAACGCGCCCUUGCGAUUUUUCAACACUACCGAUACGGGCCUGGUCACGAACCUCUUCUCCCAGGACAUGACGCUUAUUGAUCACGAACUGCCCAUUGCUGUUACAAAUCUUGCGCUUGAUAUAUGCAAUGCUCUGGGUAUGGCGGCUGUCAUUGCAUCAUCUUCUCCUUACCUUGCGAUUACAUAUCCCGUUUUGUUUGCCGUUCUGUACGGGAUCCAGAAGUUUUACCUACGGACGUCCCGUCAAUUGCGACUUCUGGACCUUGAGGCGAAAAGUCCGCUUUACACCCACUUCCUCGACACCAUCAGAGGGAUUGCAACCUUCCGUGCCUUUGGUUGGGUCCAAGACGGCAUCAAGCUGAACAACCAGCUCCUCGAUACAUCGCAGAGACCCACCUACCUCUUGGCCGUAGUGCAGCGCUGGCUGCUGUUUGCUCUUCAGACAGUUGUCGCUAUCCUCGCUGUGACCGUAGUCGCUAUGGCUACACAACUGCGGUCGAGCACAGCAUUGACCGGCGCCGGCUUGAUCACACUCAUGACAUUCGGUGAUAUACUAAACUACAUCAUUCGCUGGCUCACGCAGAUCGAAACAUCCAUUGGAGCGGUUAGCCGGUUGAAGAACUUGGGUGAAAAGGUGAGGCCGGAGACUUUAGAUGGUGAAGAUGUUGUGCCACCCUGUGAGUGGCCCUUUCGAGGGGCUAUUCGGAUUGAUGGAGUUUCGGCUUCCUACAAUCCCGUUGAAGGCCCAGAAGAUGGCUCCGCCGACAGUGAUGCACAUCCAAUGAAUAUGGCACUGAAAGACAUGAGAUUCUCUAUCAAGUCAGGGGAAAAGGUCGCAAUAUGUGGGCGCAGCGGAAGCGGAAAAUCAUCUACCAUACUUCUCCUUCUACGUCUUCUCGACCCUCUCGCCGAUUGUUCAGAAAAUAUUGUGAUAGACGGGCUACCGCUACACAAGAUCGACCGCACGAUUCUCCGGCAGCGCAUCAUCGCAGUCCCACAGGAUGCGGUCUUCCUUCCUGAGGGAACAUCCGUCAUGGCCAAUCUCGACCCUUGCAAUGCCUCAACUGAAAGCGAAUGUCAGGGUGUUCUUGAGGUUGUGGGUCUAUGGACCCUGUUCAGCCAUCGGGGGGGUAUCAACGAAGGCUUGUCCGCGGGCACACUAUCGCAGGGCCAAAAACAGCUGUUCAGCCUGGCACGAGCUAUCCUACGUCGACGGAUUCGAGCUCGUGAGUAUGCGAACAUGUUUGGUACAGCAUCAGAGAAGAAGUCAGCGGGUAUUUUGCUGCUUGACGAAGUGAGCUCUAGCGUCGAUCAGGACACAGACCGGGCGAUGCAACGGAUCAUAAAAGAGGAAUUUGAUAGCUACACUAUUGUCAUGGUCAGCCACCGUUUGGAGAUGGUCAUGGACUUUGACAAUGUAAUUGUGAUGGAUAAAGGAAGCGUUGUCGAGCAGGGAGCGCCAAAGACUCUCGUUGAACAGGAGGGGAGUUGGUUCAGAGAGUUGUGGAGGGUUGGGAACAGAAGCUAG